GCAGCACGUCCGGAACAGCCGCGGCUCCAACAAAUACGAGGGGUGGCCGGAGGCGCUGGAGCUGGGGGGGUGCGUCCCCCAGAGACCCCCGGGGUGACCCCAAAACCGGGGGGACCCCGAAAUAUCCCGGGGGGACCCCAGAAAUCCGGGACCCCAAAAAUGUCCGGGAUCCCAAAAUGUACAGAGACAAUAAAACCCACAAAACCCACAGAGA